AUGCAAUAUACAGCUACCGAAUAUCCAUUUGUUUACCGCACAGUGUGUACCCCUGUACUCAGGUAUCAACAUGUAGGGAUAUAUAUUAGAUCUAGAGUAGGUCGAACCCACCUGGGUCGUAACCACUUGGGUCGAACACGGAAUCAGAACGUAACCACCCGAUACCGCGCUGAAGGAGUUGCUUAUCCCUUCCUCAUAGAAUUCUCAGAUUCAGAUACCAGUCAAGAAAACGUAAAGAUGUCGGUGCAGUCACUUGUGAGUGCUAAAAAGAAAACGUUUAUUGGCCUCCCUGCUCCACUUGGUUAUGUCCCAGGUCUAGGAAGAGGUGCCACUGGGUUCACAACAAGAUCUGAUAUUGGUCCUGCCAGAGAUAUUGAUGAUAUUUCUGAUGAUCGUCAUGCACCUCCCACAAAGAAAAGUAAGAAUGACGACGAGGAAGAGGAAGAUCUGAACGAUGCUAACUAUGAUGAAUUCACAGGUUAUGGUGGAAGUUUAUGUUCUAAAGAUCCAUAUGACAAAGAUGAUGAAGAGGCUGAUGCUAUCUAUGAGGAAAUUGACAAGAGAAUGGAUGACAAACGCAGGGAAAGAAGGGAGCAAAAACUGAAAGAAGAGCUAGAGAAAUAUCGUCAAGAGAGACCAAAAAUUCAGCAGCAGUUCUCAGACCUUAAGAGAGACUUGGCCAUUGUCAGUGAAGAUGAAUGGCUAAACAUACCUGAAGUUGGAGAUGCCCGAAACAAGAAACAGAGAAAUGCACGAGCAGAAAAAUUUACCCCAGUACCAGACAGUGUACUAGCCAGAGCUGCAGCAAGUACAGGGACUGCCAACACAAUAUCUGACAGGGACCAGAAGUUUAGUGGAAUGAAUACUCCCUUUGGGGCCAUUACUCCUUUGGGUACCUCCACACCAAGUGGUGAUAUUGAUAUGAAGAAAAUUGGCCAAGCCAGAAACACAUUGAUGGAUAUCAAACUCACACAGGUGUCCGACUCUGUCAGUGGACAGACAGUGGUGGAUCCAAAAGGUUACCUGACAGAUUUACAGUCCAUGUUGCCAUCACAUGGGGGAGACAUCAAUGAUGUAAAGAAAGCCAGGCUAUUAUUAAAGUCAGUCAGAGAGACAAACCCUAAACAUCCACCAGCCUGGAUUGCCUCAGCCAGGUUAGAGGAAGUGACUGGGAAGAUGCAGAUAGCCAGGAACCUGAUCAUGAAAGGUUGCGAGGAGUGCCCUAAAAGUGAGGAUGUGUGGCUAGAGGCAGCAAGACUGAUGCCAGGGGACCAGGCCAAGGCUGUAAUUGCCCAGGCUGUUAGACAUCUCCCUACAGCUGUGAGGGUGUGGAUCAAAGCUGCUGAUCUCGAGACCGAGACAAAGGCCAAAAAGAGGGUCUUCAGAAAAGCUCUGGAGAUGAUUCCAAAUUCUGUAAGGCUGUGGAAGCAGGCUGUGGAAUUGGAGAAUGAAGAGGAUGCUAGGAUUAUGCUGAGUAGAGCUGUUGAGUGCUGUCCCACUAGUGUUGAGCUCUGGUUGGCUUUAGCCCGUCUGGAAAAUUAUGAGAAUGCCAGAAAAGUAUUAAAUAAGGCCAGAGAAAACAUCCCUACAGACAGACAAAUCUGGAUCACGGCUGCCAAACUAGAGGAGGCUAAUGGAAAUAAUCAUAUGGUGGAGAGGAUCAUAGACAGAGCCUUGAGCUCUCUAAGGGCAAACAUGGUGGAAAUCAACAGAGACUUGUGGAUAAAGGAUGCUGAAGAUUGUGAACAAGCAGGGAGCAUUCACACAUGUCAGGCCAUUAUUCGGGCUGUGAUAGGAGUUGGAGUGGAAGAUGAAGAUAAGAAACACACAUGGAUGGAAGAUGCUGAAUCUUGCGCAGCCCAUGAAGCUUAUGAGUGUGCCAGGGCAAUAUUUGCCCAUGCCUUGUCUGUUUACCCAAGUAAAAAGAGCAUUUGGCUGAGGGCCGCUUAUUUUGAGAAGAGCCAUGGAACAAGGGAGUCAUUGGAGGCUCUCCUACAAAGGGCUGUGGCCCAUUGUCCCAAGGCCGAGGUCCUGUGGUUAAUGGGGGCAAAAUCCAAGUGGCUGGCUGGAGAUGUACCAGCAGCCAGGAGCAUUCUGGCCUUGGCUUUCCAGGCCAACCCCAACAGUGAAGAAAUUUGGUUAGCUGCCGUUAAACUGGAGUCUGAGAACAAUGAGUUUGAGAGAGCCAGAAGAUUGCUACAGAAAGCCAGAGCAAGUGCCCCAACUGCUAGGGUGAUGAUGAAGUCUAUAAAGUUGGAGUGGUGUCUCGGAGAAAUCAAGAAUGCCCAUACAUUGCUACAGGAAGCUGUCAAACAUUACCCAGACUUUGCCAAGCUAUGGAUGAUGAAAGGACAGAUAGAGGAACAAAAUAACAACAAGGAGCUGGCAAGAGAAGCUUACAAUCAAGGGUUGAAGAAAAACCCUAAAGCAAUUCCACUAUGGUUGCUCCUGUCACGUUUGGAAGAAAAGUCAGGUCAGCUGAUUAAAGCCCGGUCAAUUCUGGAGAAAGCCAGAUUAAAAAACCCACAGUGUGCAGAAUUAUGGCUUGAAGCCAUUCGGGUUGAAAACAGAGGAGGGUUGAAAAACAUAGCUCAGACACUCAUGGCAAGAGCCCUGCAGGAGUGUCCCAACUCAGGAAUAUUAUGGGCAGAAUCCAUUGCUAUGGAACCCAGACCACAGAGGAAAACCAAGUCAGUAGAUGCUUUACGCAAGUGUGAACACGAUCCCCAUGUACUCCUAGCAGCAUCAAAGUAUAUAUUCUGGGCAGAGAGAAAAGUAGCCAAGGCCAGGGAAUGGUUUAGUCGUACCGUGAAGAUAGAACCAGACCUUGGAGAUGCCUGGGCAUAUUUCUACAAGUUUGAACAGGUGCAUGGAGAUGAGGAUUCUCAGAAUGAUAUUAAAAAGCGCUGCAUAAACGCGGACCCCAAGCAUGGAGAGUAUUGGUGUCAAGUGUCAAAAGACAUUAAAAACUGGAGAUUGAGAACAGAACAGAUUCUACCAUUAGUGGCGGACUUGCUACCAUUACCAACAUGAAGAAGAAGUGAUGUAAAAAGUUCUGUAGAAAGGCUAGCUAUUUCAAGCAAAACUCCAAAAAUUGUUCAAUAAUCAAGAACAACUUGGGAUGUAAAAAGUGUUGAUUAAACAUGUUCGGAAUAUUUUUUUAUAAACAUGUUAGAUGAAUUUUAAACCUGAGCAUUGCUGAGGAAGUAAUAUUGUGAAUGAUUCAGAAUUUGUAGUUGGUAUUAAUUAAAAUGUACCAAUGCUGAAAAAUUGAAAUAUGUUAUUUAAGAUACAUGAUCAUGUAUUUUAUAUUUAUGAUAAUAAUACAAUUUUUAAAACUA